GGACGUGGACCUGGUUGCCGCUGGGCCUGCCUGGCCGUGGGAAGGGUAUCAGCUUGUCUCGCGUGCCAGCCGUCGGAUGUGCCGGCCGGAUCUGCGACGCUCUCUGCGGUGAGCGCUCGGCGUUGGCGACGGCACGGGCUUUGCCAUUGCGCUCGUUCACAGUGGACGUCAAGGGCUUUGCCUGGCGUUCACAAUUGCUUUCUGCUGCAGGGUACCGAGAAGGAUUUCUGUGGAAGAGAGGACGUGACAACGGGCAAUUCUUAAGCCGAAAAUUCGUGUUAUCGGAGAGGGAAGGUGCACUGAAGUACUUCAACAAAAAUGACGCAAAAGAACCCAAAGCAAUUAUGAAGAUUGAACAUCUAAAUGCCACUUUCCAGCCUGCAAAAAUUGGGAACCCACACGGACUGCAGAUCACUUACUUGAAGGACAAUAGCACAAGGAACAUCUUUGUCUAUCACGAAGAUGGCAAGGAGAUAGUGGAUUGGUUCAACGCCAUCCGGGCAGCACGGUUUCAUUACUUACAAGUGGCAUUCCCUGGAGCCAGCGAUGUCGAUCUGGUGCCAAAGCUUUCUAGAAACUACCUGAAGGAAGGGUACAUGGAGAAAACAGGGCCAAAGCAAACAGAGGGAUUCAAGAAGCGAUGGUUCACCAUGGAUGACCGACGGCUCAUGUAUUUCAAAGAUCCCCUGGAUGCCUUUGCUAGAGGGGAAGUUUUUAUUGGGAGCAAGGAAAACAGCUACAAGGUCCUGGAAGGGCUCCCGCCGUCCACGCAGGGCAACCACUGGCAGCACGGGAUAACCAUCGUCACUCCGGAUCGGAAAUUCCUCUUCGCCUGCGAGACCGAGGACGACCAGCUGGAGUGGAUUACGACUUUUCAGAAAGUUAUAAGCCGGCCCAUGCUGCCUCAGGAAUACGCAG